AUGACCAGCUGCUCUAUCCCCCUGGACAUCGGGAUCGCGCCUCGUCACGAUCCGGCAGACGCCAGCCCUUUUUGGAAGAGGUUCUUUCCGUUGGAACCGCAACAGGUUGCUCUUGCGUCGGAAACCGAUCCGUUCGACUUCGUCAUCAUUGGCACCGGCAUGGGCGGUGGCGUGCUGGCCGCCGAUUUCAUCAGCAAAAACUUGAGCCUUUCGAGGAACACGGCGGACCUCAACUCCCAAUCGACCGCUCAGGACGCCGAUGACCUCUUCCGAACGCUACUGCAACUCGCCAGCAGCGCUAAACCCGACGCCGAUGCGCUGAUCGCGGCAGUUCGAGAACGAGGUGCCGAUGUUUGCGAGGGCAUCGUGCGAUCCUCCUUGCCGCAGGCCCUUACGGACACCGCGGUGCCCGUCGUCCGGGAGAAAGCCGCGGAGCUGUUUGAGAAAGUUGCGAGGAGCCUUGGGUCGGGUGCAGACGUUCCCGACAUAGGACAGCAAGCGGCUGAUCUCGUCGCCGACCUCGCUGACGUUCUCUACGAACCGUCUUCUGGCUACGCGCAUGCUGCGAUCCUUCAGCGAUCUUCGGCUCUUUUCGAGAAGAUCGCUCACACCACUACGGUCACCGCUGCUAGCCCUGCGAUGCUUGACACCCUCGUUGAAGAGGGUGCGAGUUUGUUCAAGUCUUGUGUUCAAGAGCGUGCACGUCCGAAGAGAAUCCUGAUCCUCGACAAGGGUGGCGUCACUUUCCCAAGUCACGUACUCAACGGCCCUCGCCCUCCGCAUCUCCCCUCGGACGGAGCCAGCGAUGCUUUCUACCAGCUUGUGCGAUCCGAAUGGAUGAUCGAUACAGCUCCCUCCACCAGGCGUGGCGAGAACGAUGGCGACAACCGCGCAUCGCCCAACCCCUCUAAGCCAUGGAACGGAGGGGCCGUGUAUGCUCUAGGAGGUCGAAGCACCGUGUGGGGCCUGUUUACUCCGAGAAUCGACAGUGAGACGCUGCAUAAACACUUUCCGUCCGCCGUGCACGAGGACCUUCACCGACUUGGGGGCUCGUAUUAUCAGAGAGUGGAACAAAUAACUCGAUUGUCCUACCCAGUCACGCUGCCUCUCCACCAAAUCGUCAUCGAUAAGCUCAACCGCAUAGAUCACGAACCAGUCAAAGACGGCUGGCCGCUCCCGGCCACGCAGUGGCAAUGGGGUAGAGUCGCAUCUCGCUUCAGGAACGAUCGCAACUUCGCUUUCGCGGAGGGCGCCUUUAGUACCGUUGAUUCGCUUCUGGAAACGGCGAUGAUCAACGGCGUGGUUCAGAAACCGGAGGGUGUACUGCCUGGUGGUGCUCAUAUCCUGAUCAACGCCCCCGUCCUUUACCUCGAACCAAGACCGGACGGCAAGACCGAUCCGAAAUCCCGACCACCUGUCACGCAUGUUGUCGUCCGAGGGCAUCUAGACAGAAAGAACAGAAUUCGCUGUCGUCACGCCAUCAUCUGUGCAGGGAGCGUAGAAAGCCCUGCGAUCCUGUUGCGAAGCGUAGAUGGCGACCCCGGGAAGUACGGAGGUGACUUCAACGCACAUUUUGGGCACCUUACCGACCAUCACAUAUUCUCGGUCGGGAAGUCGUUCAUUUACAGGAAGAUGGCGAAUCGGGAAACGCUCAACGCUAUGAAGCUCCAGACGGAGAUUACAUUCCGCAACACAGAUGGUGAAGCACAGGAAACCGCUCUUGUGCACGUCUCCUUAGACGCCGAGUCCUUCCUACCGCGCAGUGAUCGCUCCGCAACUGGAUUUCCCCAGCUCGUCAUCGUAUUCAUGCUGCCUGCGCGGCUAGCUCGGGGCAACUCGGUGAAUAUCGAUAAGAAUGGAGACCCGCAUAUCCAUGUGGACUUCGCUGAUGUUCCCGAUCUACUCGAGAAGAAGGACGUAUGCCGCCGCUUCGCCAUCGAAGUCAUGAAGACGUUGGCCAGGACACUGGACCUCCAAUAUCUUGAUGAGAUCCCAAUGAACGACGGUGCACCUAUUUUCGACAUAAUUGAUCUCGACAAACUGGAAGACAGCAUCAAAGAACUGAACCCAAUUCCGCUUGGCACUGUCGCGCACGAGCUCGGGACCAUUCCUAUGCCGGAUAAUACCGGAUCUGGGGGGAUUGUGGACGAUCAGCUGGAGAUGCAGUACGGGUGGAAGAACGUGUCCGUGUGCGACCUUUCUGUUUUCCCGCAUUCUCCUGCUGCGAAUCCUGCUCUCUCGCUAGCCGCCCUGGCUCUCCGCCUAUCCGAUCGUCUCCUGGCUCCCGAAGAUGUCUUUCGCGCCGGUAGACCCAUCCGCGUCUACAAUAUGACCACGAAAAACCUCUGGGCGCGAGUAACGCUCUCCAAUCCCAGCUUUCCGGUUGUCGACCCCUCCGAUACCCUGAUAAUACCAGGGAACUUCCUCGACUGGAGACGGAAUACAAGGGAGUCUCUGUUUGUUCACUCCGAGUCCCCGCAGGAUGAUGACCAGAGCAUAUGGGGCGGAGGCGCAAACUCGGGGAGGUCGAAGUUCACGGUGCAACCUGUUUGGCCUGGGCUCGUCACUUUGGUUGUGACUAGGCCUUCGGCGCAAAAGACUUCCGGAUCCCUAGGUGGAGAAGGCGAAACUUCUGGGCACGUAUUCGGCCUGCCCGUGCGACCUGAUAGGCGCGUUCAUGAUCCUUUGGAGUGGGUUCCAGGCGCACAACGUGGGGAAGCUGAAUCCUUGCAUUAUGAGGUGGUUUAUGGGCCAGAAGAUUAG